AUGUCGACAUCACCAUCUUCAUCAUCGACACUCAUCAUUACUUCAUUAGUUACCCCUGUGACAACCAUUUCGGAAACAACUGAUUUAUCGUCCUCGUCAAGUUCAGUGUCGACGUCCAAAUCUUCUUCAUCGACACUCAUCAUAACUUCACCAGUAACUCCUAUGACAACCAUUUUGCGAACAACUGAUUUAUCCUCAUCGUCAAGAUCAAUGUCGACGUCCAAAUCUUCAUCCUCGACACUCAUUAUAACUUCAUCAGUAACUCCUAUGACAACGAUUUUGGGAACAACUGAUAUAUCUUCGUCGUCAAGUUCAAUGUCGACGUCCAAAUCUUCAUCAUCGACACUCAGUAUUACUUCACCAGAACCUGCUAUAACAACCAUUUCGGGAACAACUGAUAUAUCUUCUUCGUCAAGUUCAAUAUCGACGUCCCAAUCUUCAUCAUUGACACUUCACAUUUCUUCAACAGAAACUGCUAUGACAUCCAACGCAGGAACAACUGAUAUAUCGCCCUCGUCAAGUUCAACGUCGAAGUCCCAUUCUUCAUCAUCAACACUAAGCAUUACAUCACCAGUACCUGCUAUGACAUCCAUUUCGGGAACAACUGAUAUAUCUUCUUCUUCAAGUUCAGUGACGACGUCCCAAUAUUCAUCAUCGACACUCAGCAUUACUUCAUCAGUUACAUAUAUGACAACCAUUUCGGGGACAACUGAAUUAUCGUCUUUGUCAAGUCAAAUGUCGACAUCACCAUCUUCAUCAUCGACACUCAUCAUUACUUCAUUAGUUACCCCUGUGACAACCAUUUCGGAAACAACUGAUUUAUCGUCCUCGUCAAGUUCAGUGUCGACGUCCAAAUCUUCUUCAUCGACACUCAUCAUAACUUCACCAGUAACUCCUAUGACAACCAUUUUGCGAACAACUGAUUUAUCCUCAUCGUCAAGAUCAAUGUCGACGUCCAAAUCUUCAUCCUCGACACUCAUUAUAACUUCAUCAGUAACUCCUAUGACAACGAUUUUGGGAACAACUGAUAUAUCUUCGUCGUCAAGUUCAAUGUCGACGUCCAAAUCUUCAUCAUCGACACUCAGUAUUACUUCACCAGAACCUGCUAUAACAACCAUUUCGGGAACAACUGAUAUAUCUUCUUCGUCAAGUUCAAUAUCGACGUCCCAAUCUUCAUCAUUGACACUUCACAUUUCUUCAACAGAAACUGCUAUGACAUCCAACGCAGGAACAACUGAUAUAUCGCCCUCGUCAAGUUCAACGUCGAAGUCCCAUUCUUCAUCAUCAACACUAAGCAUUACAUCACCAGUACCUGCUAUGACAUCCAUUUCGGGAACAACUGAUAUAUCUUCUUCUUCAAGUUCAGUGACGACGUCCCAAUAUUCAUCAUCGACACUCAGCAUUACUUCAUCAGUUACAUAUAUGACAACCAUUUCGGGGACAACUGAAUUAUCGUCUUUGUCAAGUCAAAUGUCGACAUCACCAUCUUCAUCAUCGACACUCAUCAUUACUUCAUUAGUUACCCCUGUGACAACCAUUUCGGAAACAACUGAUUUAUCGUCCUCGUCAAGUUCAGUGUCGACGUCCAAAUCUUCUUCAUCGACACUCAUCAUAACUUCACCAGUAACUCCUAUGACAACCAUUUUGCGAACAACUGAUUUAUCCUCAUCGUCAAGAUCAAUGUCGACGUCCAAAUCUUCAUCCCCGACACUCAUCAUAACUUCAUCAGUAACUCCUAUGACAACCAUUUUGAGAACAACUGAUAUAUCGUCAUCGUCAAGAUCAAUGUCGACGUCCAAAUCUUCAUCAUCGACACUCAGUAUUACUUCACCAGAACCUGCUAUAACAACCAUUUCGGGAACAACUGAUAUAUCUUCUUCGUCAAGUUCAAUAUCGACGUCCCAAUCUUCAUCAUUGACACUUCACAUUUCUUCAACAGAAACUGCUAUGACAUCCAACGCAGGAACAACUGAUAUAUCGCCCUCGUCAAGUUCAACGUCGAAGUCCCAUUCUUCAUCAUCAACACUAAGCAUUACAUCACCAGUACCUGCUAUGACAUCCAUUUCGGGAACAACUGAUAUAUCUUCUUCUUCAAGUUCAGUGACGACGUCCCAAUAUUCAUCAUCGACACUCAGCAUUACUUCAUCAGUUACAUAUAUGACAACCAUUUCGGGGACAACUGAAUUAUCGUCUUUGUCAAGUCAAAUGUCGACAUCACCAUCUUCAUCAUCGACACUCAUCAUUACUUCAUUAGUUACCCCUGUGACAACCAUUUCGGAAACAACUGAUUUAUCGUCCUCGUCAAGUUCAGUGUCGACGUCCAAAUCUUCUUCAUCGACACUCAUCAUAACUUCACCAGUAACUCCUAUGACAACCAUUUUGCGAACAACUGAUUUAUCUUCAUUGUCAAGAUCAAUGUCGACGUCCAAAUCUUCAUCCUCGACACUCAUCAUAUCUUCAUCAGUAACUCCUAUGACAACGAUUUUGGGAACAACUGAUAUAUCUUCGUCGUCAAGUUCAAUGUCGACGUCCAAAUCUUCAUCAUCGACACUCAGAAUUACU